AUGGCCGCCGAAAUGAGCCUCUCCAAACUCAAGCAAACCACCCUCAAAGUCUCCCGCGGCCACACCUACACCUACUACACAUCCCCCGCCCGCGACUCCAAACCCACAAUCCUCCUCUUCCACGGCUGGCCCGACACCGCCGCCCUCUUCGCCGGCCUGAUCAACAACUACCUCAUCCCCGCCGGCUACGGCGAGAUUUUCGGGUACGGGAUCUACUACUAUUGGAAGCUCUUUACUGCCGACGACGGCUCGCAGAUCGAGCGCGAUAACAUCGAAUCCGUUUACAGCGUUGCCUUCGGCGAUCCGCAUACCUGGAAGCAGAACUGGACGACCAAGGACGGAAUGCGGAAUUGGCUUACCGCAGGGAAGACCCAACCUACUCUGCCCUUCGCGCAGGGCGAGCAUAAGCGAGACUUUGUGGAUCGUCUGAGCGUCCCUGGCGCCUUCGAAGCCGCAAACAACUGGUAUAAAUCCAUGACGUUUGGGGUGCAGCACGAGGCGGAGAAAACCAUCAGGAGCAAUCCGAAGGUAGAGGUUCCGACGCUGUUUUGGGGUGGCGAGCAGGAUUUUGUAUGCAGGGUCGAGGCGAUUGGGCCGGUUGAAGAUGCUGGUUUGAUCCCGGAUUUGACGAAGAUGAGUCGGGAGGGCGGGCAUUGGGCGUUGCUGGAGAAGCCGAAGGAGUUUGGGGAGGAUGUGGUUGGUUGGUUGGGGAAGACUUUUCGUGAGGGAGUGAGCGGAGGGGCGGGAGGGCGGGGGGGUUAG